UCCAUCAUCCCAACUCAUAGUCAAAGAUGAUAUUAUAAGUCUCAUGACCAUACAACAUGUCAGCUGCAAUCUCAAAAGCUUGCAUUGUGUGUCGAGCAAGUUCGUCAAAGUACAAAUGUCCAAAAUGUACCAGUCCGACUUGCAGCUUGAUUUGCUCCAAAAAGCAUAAAAGUGACGUCCAUCCAGAUAUCGGCUUUGCUGGCGCUUCAACAUCCUCCGAUCCAGGCAUUCAAGCAUGUUCAGCUUCCAUUACAGACAAAGAGGAGCUCUUGCCUUCAUUGAGGCAAUUCAGCAAUGCAAGUGAGACAAUCACUGCACCCAAUGCUAACAACUUUGGCAAUAUUGAUAAAUUCAUUCCCAUGAAUGCAUACGGCGAAGCAAAUAUGAUGGAAGAUUUUGAGUAUCUGCAAUUCAUGGGAAGAAGCAUUGCUACUUUAGGCAAAGAUUUGAUCAAGAAAGGAUGGUACAAAGAUUCAGAUCAAGAUAAUGAUGCAAAGAAUCCUUCUGGCUCACAAGGUGGAAGGAAUUCGCGGCCAUCAUCAAAGAAUCAAGGCGGUCGAUUCAAUACUUCAACAGAGAAGCUGUCAUCGGAAGCACGCAAUCGACAACAAUAUGAGCAAAGCAUAAGAAAACUAAAAGUCCCUAUCAUGCUAUUGCCAGAUGGAAUGUCAGCUAGAAAGGAGAAUCAGUCAAGGUACAAAGUGCAACAACAACAAUUGAUGUGUACAGUUCAGAUAUCCUUCCCGUGUGGAAAAGCGGAAGAUCGAAGAUCGAAGCGAGUGAUACAACAUCAUAUACCAUGGAACAGAAGCAUAGAAGAAACUGUUCGAUCAGAAAUGGAAAAGAGGUUACGUGUGAAGGCGACAGGUCAAAAUGUCGAAAAUGAUAGCGAUCAAUCAGUAAGCGCUUGGGAAGCUUUAUUCGGUACGCAGCGUGAGGGGAAUGAUGAGGCAAAAAUGAGCUCAUUCGAAGACAUCAGGAACCAAGUCAUGAUAGUUAUUCCAGUACACUCGGAAAAGUUGCGUAACGAAACUUCUGCGCGAUUUCUGGAAUGGUGGCAACGGCAAGUACGGAAUGGAAUGGUGUUAGAAGGUGGUCUCAAAUUUGACGAAGAAAAGAAACUAUCUCUCGAGAAGAAGAGGAAUGGUGAAUGGGCUCCCAUUGAAGGUCUUGCAACAGAAGAAGUGGAGAAAGAAGGAUUGCCUGAAUUGAUACAGGGUGCAACACAGAACACAUCAAUGGAGUCAGCGGAGCAGUCCGGCUUGAUCUCAUCCUUCCUUCUCAACCGGCUGCAGUCACAAAGGGUAAUGCAAAAGAAGAGAGAACUGGAAGCGGUCAACUCAGAGACUCAAGAUGAUAUAUCACAGCAUCACGAUGCCAACACCCCUCAAAAGGAGAUCUCUCGCACGGCUACACGUCAUCUGGUAGUCUUACAAGGAAAAGAGACCAUCGAAGAUAUCUUACGAAGAUUGGCGAAAGGGUAUGCUAUCGUAGAGUAUCCUCACAUAGAAGUCUGGGAAUCAUCAAAAUUAUCGCAAAAGUUCGCAGACGGGUCAGCAGAGAGAGUCCGACUUUCUCCCGUUGAUGGAGAGGUUGAAAGUGGGGAUGAUGAGGCGACCGCAGCUAUGGAGAAGAAUGUGGCCAAGCGUUCAGCAGCAGUGACACUUGAUAACGAUUCUAGUAAAAAGAUCAAGGUAGACACAGGUCACCCGCCAAAAGCGUCAACUUCAGCUCUGGUCGGCCUGUCAGCAUAUGCAAGUUCUGACGAGGAUAGUGAGGGUGAUGCAGAGGUUGAUAAUGAGAGCAGAGAUAUAUCAGAAGAAGCCAAGUCAAACUUUGAAUCUUAUCUGUUGGAACAAAUUGCUUCUGAUGCACCAAACGGUGGUGGCCUUGCAAACAUAGCUCGAUCAUUAGGGAUGAUAUGACCACCGAUAGCCGAAAAAAUGAUGUAUAUUAACGAAAAAAAUGUUCUACAUUGUACACUAAAGACAUGCAAUAUAACAAUGGCCCUCCUUACCAGCAAAGGCUCAACCUCAAUCACCUUUGGCGCAUAUCGUGUGAGGACACGCUGAUCCACCGUGAAUGUUAUGCGUGAACCACCAUUUGAGAGUCAAACGGAAGUGUUUGGGGAGUCCGAGCACAUGUUGCUCUCGUCACGUCAACAAGUCGG